UCCACCUGGGCACCCUUUCAUUUUUGCAGGUUAAGUCCUGGAAUAGACGUUCGUUACCAGCAAAAUUCCAUCCGACCGAAUUGUGUAGCAAGCGUAGGCACCCAAGACACCCUCGGCUGAACAUUAACAUUCACUCGAUAGGACCAAAGUCGGGUGCUAAGUGGUGCUAACCAACGACUUCGUCAGUGCUAACUCUGCCAUCCUCUUUGAUGCUCCGGAACACAGACCACUUAUAAGGACUCCGGUCUACAAUGGGUGCGAUUUUCGCGAGUAUUUGACGGGUCUGACGUCACUAUACGGAGUGUGAAACUGAAAGUUUUGUUCAUACUGAUGCUAAUUGGUCAAUGCUGAGAGUUUGGCCAUGGAGAGCACGUGGCGGGACAGGGAUCGGGACUUUCAAAAACAUUUGAUCGAUGGUGAGACGACUAUUCAGGAUUUAGUAGAGGUUCUCCACGAUACCAAAACAAACUUUCAACUCCUAUUACCUGGAUUCACUGAUGAAGAUGACAGCACAAUUUGGCGUAACCAGAAAGAUAUUGACUGCGAUGAAGUCUAUGAAAACAUCUAUAUCGGGGAUGCGGCAACUGCUAAAAAUAAGGAAUACUUGAAAAAGUUAGGUAUAACACACGUUUUAAAUGCUGCUGAGGGCAAAAGAUUUGGAUUUGUGGAUACUGACAAGAAUUACUACAAAGAUACCACUAUAAAGUAUCUGGGUCUACCCUUAGCUGAUCGGCCCUGGAUCUGUAUAAGUGAAUAUUUCUACACAGCCUCCGCAUUUAUUGAUGAGGCUAUAUUGCAAAAAGGAAAAGUGUUCGUCCAUUGCAUGAUGGGAAUAUCACGCAGUGCAACAUGUGUCCUUGCCUACCUCAUGAUCAAGAAACAAUUACUGGCUGCUGAGGCGGUUACAAUCGUUCGGCAGAACCGGGAUAUUUAUCCAAAUGAAGGAUUUUUACAUCAGUUGGCACAACUCGAUAACCAAUUGCGUCGGCAACGUUUGUAAUUCGUAAUGUAAUGACUCAUAUUUUCGAUCAAAGUCACUGACCAAUACCAACUAUGUUUCAAUGAUUGGUGUCAGCUCAACAAGGUUCAUCUUGAUGCUUGUAAUUGCAGCGUGGUUUUUCUAAAAGGUUUUGAAUUAAACUCACUAGAUUCAAAUACAUAAAUUGAUAUAAAUUCUUGUAUGUCAGUAACACAUCCGUAACAUUCAUACAUAUUGUGAUAUGUGUUAGAAACGUCUCCAAUUACUGACUCUAGUAAGUCAAAAAAUAGAUCAAAUCUCAUAAUAAGCAUAUCAAAUCUAUUUAGGUAUAUGCAUACAUGACGUGUAAUAUUAUGUGUAACGUUGGAAUAAGGGAAUCUUCAAAAUGAAA